ACAGUCUCUCAUCGGCUUAUUCAUGGCAGAAGCUAUCGGCGGCGAACUUGUGAAGGAGCUGGCGAAGCAGCUCUUUGCGGUAUCCAAGAAACCCUACAUGUGCAGAGGCAUAGCUAAGAAACUCGCCACCAUGAUCGAUGAAGUUCAACCCACGAUACAGGAGAUCAUGGAUAGCGGCGUCGAUCUGAGCCACCAUCGCCAGGCUCAACUGCGUAUGUUAUUCGACAACCUAGAGAAGUGCAGGAUGCUUACCGAAAAGGUUCUGAGAUGUAAACGCUGGAACGUGGUUCGACAGAUUAAGGACGUUAAGAAAAUGGAGGAUCUCGACAAAAAAAUCUCUAGUUUUCUUAGAGGAACACUGUUGAUCCACGUUCUCUGUGACGUUCAUCAUCUCCGGGGGGCUGUUGAUCGACUGAACGAGAGCGUCGAUAGGCCUGUGCAGGUGACACAUGUACUCGAUGACUGCGUUCGUCAUCUCCGGCAUACUUCUCAAGUGAGAUUAAUUGAUCGGAUUGAUAGGAGUGUAGAUUGCGGUUUAGGAUUGGAUUUGGGCAAGGGGAAGGUGAAGGAGAUGUUGUUUAAUUUGAAGGAUGAGGAAAGACUUAUUGGGAUCUCAGGGAUGAGUGGUUCAGGGAAAACCACUCUUGCCAAAGAGCUUGCGCGGGACGAAGAAGUUCGAGGUAUUAAGUUCUGUUUAGCCUUUUGUUGCUUGUCUCUUAUUCAAUUGCUUGCUACGUCUUUUGUUUGUGAUCUAUGAUGUUGAAGUUGCCUAGUUAUAGUUGAGUUCUCGAUAUUGGACACUGGCUCAAAUCGGAGAGACUGUUUCGUUAAUGCUAAAAAAGGUUUUCAUUUGCUGCUUUUACAGCCCACUUUGGGAACCGGAUUUUGUUUCUGACUGUGUCACAAUCUCAUUCUCGAUAUCAGCUGAGAGCUGAUUGCAAUCAACGAUAAGCUUGUCU